AUGGCUACCCUGGACGAUCUGAGGAAUGUCGUUCGAUCAUGCCCAGUCAUCGAUAACCAUGCGCAUAACCUUUUACUGCCUUCGAAGCAGGAAGCUCACGACCUGCUGACCGCAACGACAGAAGCACAAGGAGAUGCUCUUGAAGAUACGAAGACGUCCCUAUCACAUAUUCGUGCUGUUCGUCAAUUACGCGAGCUAUAUGAUCUUGGCAGUGAUGCAACAUGGGACGACUUGAUGGAGAAAAGAGCAGACAUCCUGCAAGGAGACUUCGAGAGCUUCCUCCAGAAAUGCUUUACUGGAAUUCACACUAUUCUCAUGGAUGAUGGUCUGGAUGACACAACCGUCUAUCUUUAUGACUGGCACGAUGAUUUCGUCCUUGACAAAACACUUCGCAUCGUUCGUAUCGAAACUUUGGCUGCAGAUAUUCUGCGAGAGAUGUACAGGAAAGGCACUCUGCCCAUCGGACCAGCCAUACACGACGAUGAUAUGUGUGCUGAAGCUUGGAUUACCUUCCUGCAGGCUUUCGAAUCAUCCAUCGUAACCGAGAUUAACGAUCCGGACGUCGCUGGGUUCAAGUCUGUGAUAUGCUACCGAACUGGUCUGGAUGUUAAGGUCGCUGGAGAUGUGCAAAUAGCCACGAAUGGUCUUGAGGCUUUCCAAAGCAGUUAUCUGCCCAAUUGCUUACAGAACAACUUCCGCAUCGAGUCCAAAGGAUUGAAUGACAGUCUCGUCAUCUCAACAUGUCGACUUUUGAGCGCAGCAGCCAAGCAAGACUCAAUAAGCAAACCACUCCAAUUUCACACUGGUCUCGGUGAUGCAGAUAUCGAUCUGCUUCUUUCGGACCCCUCGCAUCUCCAGCCUCUUAUCACUGCUUUUCCCGAUGUUCAGAUCAUCCUUCUUCACACAUCCUAUCCCUACAUGCGUCAGGCUGGUUACCUUGCAACAGUUUAUAAGAACGUUUACCUUGACCUUGGUGAAGUGUUUCCACAAGUCAGCAGGAAUGGACAAGAGACCAUCCUGCGUCAAUGCAUGGAGGUCACGCCUAUCUCGAAACUGCUCUUCAGUACUGAUGCUCACCACUUUGGCGAAGUCUAUUGGCUUGCAUUGAAGCAGUUCAGGGAAGCAUUCGAAAGAGUCCUGGUAGACUACGUUGAGAAUGAAGACCUCACAGUCGAUCAAGCCAUCCAAGCUGCAAAAGAUGUCUACUUCAACAAUUCGAAGCGAGUGUACAAUCUCACCACAGAGCUUCCAGGAAUAGAAGUGGACAUGCAACCUCGACGGACUAGGGCACAGAGUAAUCGUGAAGCCAGGAUUCUGCAGGCUCCUCAGCCUUUGCAGCUCGCGUGGAGGGAGACCGAGCCACACGAGAAGCCUUACGACUUGGACGUAUUCACAAAGUUCUUCGAACAGCACUCAGGAUUGAAGUAUGUUUAUGUACAGUGGCUCGACUAUCUCGGGACCCUACGAGUUCGCAUGCUGCCGGUCGCUGCGUUCCACCGCCUGAUCACAAACGGCGAGCGUAUUGGCAUCUCACGAGGCAAUACAGGUACUUUGCAGAACGAUCAUGUCACUUCAGCAGUCACUGCUACAGGGCAGAUCUAUGUUGAACCUGACAUCACUACACUGAGACUUUCGCAUUCUCGGGAUCCGCUUGCUUCUGCAACGGUCAUAGGAUCUUUCUGCAACGACGACGGCCGUCGCUCAAACUGUUGUCCUAGAAACAGUCUUCGAACUUUGACAGAGCGCUUCUCGAACGACCAUAGGAUCACAUUCCUCGCUGGAUUUGAAAUUGAAGUGGUCUUUCUCAAGCAAGACACGAAAGGCGAAUACAGUCCUUGGACUACAAAUCAUGCUUGGGGUACGUUUACUCCAGAGCAAUUUGAGGUUGCAUUGCCGGUGCUUGCUGAGAUUGCGGAUGAAUUAGCAAACAUUGGUAUCAAUGUUCAACAGUUCCAUUCCGAAUCUGGACCUGGACAAUAUGAGUUCGUACUGUCUCCUCUGCCCGUCGUUGAAGCAAUUGACACACUCGUGCAAGCGCGCCAAGUUGUUCAACAAAUUGCUCGUCUGCACGGACUACGUGCUACGCUACAUCCAGUACCUCUUAACAGCGUCGGCUCAGGCCAGCAUGUCCACAUCUCGCUCAACUCUUCCAGUUUGUCUUUGGAAGAACUGGAAAGCAAGGAGUUAUCAUUCUUUGCUGGAGUGCUCGAGCAACUGCCAUCUCUUUGUGCUUUCUUACUACCCAAUGAUGUGAGUUACGCUCGCGUCGCUGAUGAUAUGUGGACUAGUGGUGCUUGGGUGACUUGGGGCACGCAGAACAGAGAAGUGCCACUCCGCAGGGUCAAGGCAGGACGCUGGGAGAUCCGCUGUCUGGAUGGCCUCGCAAAUCCCUACCUUGCUCUUUGUUCUUUACUCGCUGCCGGACUGAAUGGUGUAAAGGCUGGAAAACACAUGGAGAUGAAGGACUGCACCAAGAAUCCCGCACGUUUGACUGAAGCUCAAAGAGCUGAGCUUGGUAUCGUCGCAAAAAUGCCUGCUUCGCUCGAGGAAUCGCUACAUCACCUCGAGACAGCCGAGGCUCUGAAGCAAUGGAUGAACCCUCAAUUGAUCGAUGAUUACGUCGUAAUGAAGAGAGCUGAGAAGCAGAUGCUUGACGAGAUGGAUGAGAAGGAACGACAUGCAUGGCUGGUUGAAAGGUAUUGA